AUGGAUAUGGAAUCUUUCAACGUCGACGUCAUUGAGGAUGGCGGCCCGCCCGGUUUGGCGCCCCAGGGGCAGUCUGUCAUAUCUUGUGCAGUGGCAUCGGCUGUUCUUUCGGGGAUCAUUGUUGGCUUGAGAUUCUAUGCGCGUCUAUCACCGGCGCGACUUUUGGGGUGGGAGGAUGCGUGGAUUCUGAUCGCAUGGAUUUGGUCCGCCUGCCAAUCCGCGGGGAUGGCUAUUCAAGCUAUCACUGGAAUGGGCGAGCGAUACGAGACUCUGAGUGUGCACCAACAGCAGACUUUCUUCAAGUGGUCGUACAUUACUAUAAUCUUCUACAACCUCGGACUGGCCUUCGUCAAGGUCUCUAUCCUGCUGUUGUAUCUGCGGGUACUACGAGACCUCAACUAUCGCAAAGCGUGCUACAUUGCACUGUCUCUCGUCGCGGUAGUCUCCACAUGGACGGUUUUCUCAUCGGUCCUAUUUUGUUUACCCUUUGAGAAGAAUUGGAAACCAAGUGCACCUGGGAAAUGUCUUGACAGGGGAGCUACCUGGUUUGCCAACGCCGCCAUCAAUAUUUUCACCGAUUUUGUGAUCCUCAUCCUCCCUUUGCCGAUACUCCCAAAGAUAAAACAGCCCCGCCAGCAAAAGAUCAGUUUGUACCUGAUAUUUGCACUCGGGUUCUUGUAA